AUGCCCGCCUCGACAAAGAGAAAGGCGGACGCCCCCUUGGGCAAGACGUCUGCCAAGCGCGUCAAGAAGGCCAUCUCUCCCGAGGUCGCCAAGGAGCGCUUUCGCAAGGGUCUCUUCGACUCGUCCGUCCUCGACCGCUACACCGCCGAGUACGCCGCCUCCGCGCCCUACAAGCAUGCCGUCAUCAACGGCCUCGUCGACGACGCGCUGCUCCGCUCCGUCCGCGACGAGAUUCGCGAAAACGUCUCCUUCACCCCCAAGGAGACCGACAUCUACAAGAUCCACCAGUCCGGCGACCUCGCCAACCUCGACGGCCUCGACGACGAGGCCCUGGCCAAGCUGCCGUCCCUGCUCGCCCUGCGAGACGCGCUCUACUCCGAGUCCUUCCGCCACUACGUCUCCCACAUCACCGGCUGCGGAUCUUUGAGUGGCCGCAAAACGGACAUGGCCAUCAACGUCUACACCCCCGGCUGCUACCUGCUGUGCCACGACGACGUCAUUGGCAGCCGCAAGGUCAGCUACAUUCUGUACCUGACCGACCCGGACACGCCCUGGCAGAGCGAGUGGGGCGGCGCGCUGCGCCUGUUCCCCGUGUCCGAGAAGACGGGCGCGAACGGCGAGGUCGCCAAGACGCCCGGCCCCGACCCCGUCAAGACCAUCCCGCCCGCAUGGAACCAGCUCAGCUUCUUUGCCGUGCAGCCCGGCGAGAGCUUCCACGACGUCGAGGAGGUCUAUCAUGCGCCCACCCCCCAAGAGCUCGAGGCCAAUGGCGGCCGCGUGCGCAUGGCCAUCAGCGGCUGGUUCCACAUCCCGCAGCCCGGCGAGGACGGCUUCGUGCCGGGCGCCGAGGAGGCACAGGCCAAGAACAGUGGCCUCAUGCAGCUGCAGGGCAACCCGGACCAGCACGACCGGCCGCAGCCCAAGACAGUCGAGGUUGGUGGUGGUGCGGGUGCGAAUACAGAAAGCCAAGAGAGCCGUACCAGCCAAGAGUUUAACGAAGCGGACCUCGAGUUUUUGUUGCAAUACCUUGCGCCGUCGUACCUGACACCAGACACGCUCACCGGCGUGGCCGAGCACUUUGACGAGCACUCGAGCAUUACCCUGCCGUCCAUUCUCAAGGCCAGCUUUGCCGAGCGCCUGCGCGAGGACAUUGAGAAGCGCGAGAAGGACGCCAGCGAGAAGGGCGAAAAGGGCCACAAAGAAAAGGACGACUGGGAGGUGGCCCGUCCGCCGCACAAGCACCGCUUCCAAUACCUGCAGCAGGGCGACGCACCCAAGGACUCCCCGUGGUACGAGCUGCUGGACGUGCUGCUGCCGAGCAUGCAGUUCCGCACCUGGCUCGAGAUGGCCACGAGCACGACCGUGUCGUCGUUUGACCUGACGGCCCGCCGCUUCCGCCGUGGCAAGGACUACACGCUGGCCACCGGCCACGACGGCGAGGCGCGGCUGGAGCUGAACCUGGGCCUGACGCCGACGACAGGCUGGGGCGACAAUGAUGGAGACGAUGACGAUGAGGAGGAGGAGGAAGAAAACGAAGAGGAAGAACAGGAGGAGGCGAGUGGCGAGGGCAAGGGCAAGGGCAAGGGCAAAGCAAAGGCCAGACCCGCAAAGGAGGGCAAGUCCACGACGUCCAAUGGCCACAAAGAAGAGAAUGGCGGUGCUGAGGACGGCGCUGAAGAGGCCGAUGUCGGCGGCCACGAGGUGUACAUGGCCGGCGACGACGAUGCCAACGACGACGCCGCCAUCUACCGGUCCAACAACGACGAUGACAACAUCCUCUUCUUCCAGGCGGCCGCCUGGAACAAAAUGACCAUUGUGCUGCGCGACAGCGGCACCCUGCGCUUCGUCAAGUACAUCAGCCGCAAGGCACCGGGCGACCGCUGGGACGUGUCCGCCACGUUUGAGAUUGAGGAGGAGGACGAGGGCGGCGACGACGACGACGACGAUGCGGAACCCGGCCCGAGCGGGAAGCCGCUGGGCGAGUCGUCCGAGGAGGAGUUUAACGGCUUCUCGAGCAGCGACGACUCGGACUCGGACUAG